AUUUUAACUUCGUUUGUCAUGUUUGGAUCAAGGGCACUCAUUUUCAUCACAAUAUGCAUACUUGCUGUUAGUUAUAUAAGUUACAUUAAAUACCCUGAAGCAUGCGAUUAUCCGUUGGGGAUAAAAGCGUAUUACAGCGCUACAAAAAUAUUGACAUUUCUGGCGGAUUUGUCCUUGCGUUUAGGAGGAAAAUAUUUGACUCCGUACAGAAUCUCCGAACAUGAUUACAGUGCACCUGUUGAAGGCAUAGAAGUUUCCAUUCACAAAUUCGGAGGCGUAAAAACAACUGUAAUAACACCAACAGGUUUUGGUGAUAAUGGAGGCGAGUCUGCUAUAAUAUACUAUCACGGCGGAGGAUGGGCAUUGGGUGGAAUUGCUACAUAUGCCGCAUACUUGAAAAAAUUGUCAAAAGAAUCUGGGAUGGUGGUUAUUGUACCCGAAUAUCGACUAGCACCAGAGAAUCCAUAUCCAAUACCAUUUGAAGACUGCUUGCAUGCAACGUUAGCUUUUGUCAACAUAGCAAAGACAUUCAAAGUUAACCCUAAAAAGAUCGUCCUAGCGGGUGAUAGUGCAGGGGGGAAUCUGGCAACUGCAAUAGCAUUACGCUUAACAAAUACCACGAAUACGAAACUGAAUCCUUGUAUGCUGAAUGUUGUGUAUCCAGUGCUUCAAAUGAGCAAUUUCAUGUUACCAAGCUAUCAACAAAAUCGAAAUCCGCCUUUGCUAACUCCACCAAUUAUGGCGCACUUCUUUUUACUUUAUAUUGGACUAGAGAAAGAGACGGAGCUGAUAACACCAAUGACACAUAACUUACACAUGGAGGGAAUCGAAGACGAAAUGUUAUUAAAAAGAACAAGUUCAAAUUGGAUUCCAGAUACAUACAAAAAACGAGAAUAUGAGAAACCUAAACUCCGUUCCACGGAAAAUGAAAUUAAAUUACUUGAAUCAUAUAAGAAAAAACUUCAGAAAUUUGCAAAUGAUACAACGUUCGCUCCUUUGUCCGCUAGUGAUGAAGAAUUGAAGUUGUUACCCAGAACACACAUCCUAACGUGUGAAUACGACAUUCUACGUGAUGAUGGGAUUAUUCUUUAUGAAAGAAUGAAAAAGUUGAAGCUAGAUGUUUCUCAACAAAAUUUGGAAUUUGGUGCACACGGAUUAUUAUCACUUUAUGGAGCCGUAACCUACGAUAAACUGGAAAAUGCCGUUGCGUAUAUGAUAAGCCAAAUGAAACACGGGCUUAGUAAAUGCUAAUUACUCUGGCAUAUGCAAAUCACAUACACAAAGAUUAAACUAAAAUAACAAUUGUAAUUUGCAAUAUCUUUUAAACUGUGAAUUCUGUUUAAGAAGUUUUAUAAUUAUUUGGUAAUUUAAAUCUAUGCAAUUUUUAUAUAGAAUAUCAGAAUGAUUGUUCCCGACAAGUGCUACAAAGCCUACCAAUUAUUUCGUGUUUUUCAACCAAUUAUUUUUUAAAACUGUCAACAUUACUAAUUUAGAGCUGAACUUCAAAAUGUGUUUUAUUACCGUGCAGAAAGUCGAAAUAGUUUGGUUUGAAAUAACUCCCUUAUAUAAACAAAAAAUUGGGCAACUUUCAUAUGAUUUGUAAUUUUGAUUGAAAGCAUUCGAAUGACCAGUCAGAUUUAGAUGUAGUUCACAUAAGCUACUUGUAGUGAAGCCAUUCGAGGAAAACUUAUUUAAACCGUUUUCAAAACUUUUUUACUUAAACAUUAUCAUUACACUAAAAUAAAAUAUCAACAAUUUAUCGGAUGUUGAUAACAUACUAUACGUCACUGACCUCCUAAGUAAAUGUCGUAUAAAUCAUUGGCAUGGGUCGCUUGUCCUAAAAUCUUAGUCGCAUGCAUUAUGCUUAAGAAUAAAAUGUCCAAAGAAUUGCAAGAUGAUAAAAAAUAUAUAAAUAUCAAAUAAUUGGCUCCAAUAUGAUUGGAAAUAGCUUCUCAACCAUGAAAAAAAGUAAGUCAAAAUAUUACAAAAUAGAACUUCGUGGCAAAUUUUAGAAUAAUUAUUAUUUAAACAUUAUCCAAAAACUUCCCAAACUAAUGUACCAAGGAUAAACACACAUAAACCCCCGGCAAAUCAGAACAGAAUAGUAAGUAAAUGAUUAAAUUCCAAUUGCGCACUUGGAUUAGUUGUGUUUUGAAUAAAUAUAAAAAAACAGAUAUUAAAUGACUUUUUUGUCCCUCAAAAUAUAUUUUACUUAAUAAUCAAAUAUAUAUUGCAUUUAUUUUAUUAUCAAUACGUCACUCAACUUCACCGUUUAUACUCUAGUUCUGGUAGAAGUAGGAGGCUGAAUGAAACUGGUCCCAGACGUAAAAGAGACAAAAUGCGAAAAUUUCACAUUGCAUAAUUACAUUAAAGUUACGUUUUACAAUAGACCUUAUUCAUUAAAAACCCAUCCUACGCGCAAAAAGAAAAGUGAAAGAAAAAAAAUAUUUUAACAUUAGC